UGAAAGCGAAAUCUCACAGACUAUCCAGGUUUUUAAUUUUAUGGGAACAAAAAGUCUCUCGUUAAUUUGGCCUAUUAAAAUAGAAAUUUCAAGAGCAAAGAGUAAGCUUACAAGUACAACAUGAGUCGAAUGUAUGAUAAUAAACCCCUGACCAAUCUCCCUUUACACUCAGUGAAAUGGAAAGGACAGUGGAACCAUUCGGAUUGGAAACAUUCUAUGGAAAAACCUGGAGUUUUGCUGGAAGGUAAAGUAAUCAGCCAGGCCAGGAUUAGCAUUUCCAAUUCAGAAGAAAGGGCUGUGUCAGACAAGACGAGGUACUUCAUAUUGUUCCUAAGAAUAGAAAAAGCACACAAAAGGAAGUUUGAUGCAACAGGGAAGGAGCAGGAGCCAAACUUUAGUGAAACAACCAAAGUGUCCACUGGUUUUCUCAACUCUUCUUAUGAUGUCAGACAGAAGGGAAGUUCAGACAGACUUUCAGUUGAUGAAGUCAAGUCAUUAACUCAGAAUCCACAAAUAAAUGCUAUGUUAAAUGAUGUCUUGUCUAAAGAUUCUAGUGGAGACAUUUACUUUUUACUGAAGGAAGAAGAAAGGGACAAAAUAGAAAUUCUUAAUGAAACCUUUGUUAGAAUCAAAACAGCAGGAAACAGUCCGCUAAUUGAAAGUCUGGUCUUAUGUGACACUGUUACAGCUGCAAAAGGAAACUUUGUUGGUGAUGAAAAAAUGGGGGAUAAUUGGACAGAUAAAAUCAUGAAGAUGAAAUCAACAUCGAAUGAACAGCAAGAAAGUAAAGAAUCAGAAGUGGCAGAUGAGGAGUGGGAUGAUUGAGAAACAAACAAUGGAUUGCCUACCUUGAAAUGAUAGUACUUUGACAAUAAUCACUUAUGUGCUGCCGCUUUUUAAAAAUUAGUCCUUCAAUAAAUUAUGGACUAACUUAUUAUGCAAGCUGAUAUCUAUCUCAUUGCCAUUGCUUUAAGCAUCCAACAGAUUAAGAAAUGAAUUAAUUCAAUUUCUUUAGUAAGCUUAAAGUCAGCAUUAAAUUCUUAGCUCAAUAACAAUGCUUUAAGAAAAGAAAUAAUAUUAAACUUGGGGCAAAAACAGAUUUUCAAAAAAAACAUUAUGUUUAAGAUUUUGAAUAUUGAUAAGGUGUAAACAUUAGCAUUUAAAGUGAAUAUUUUUUUCACUGAAAUGUAGAAAUAUAAACUGUUAUUUGUCUCGUACAAGAAUAAAAAUCAUGAACAGGAAUACAAAUUAAAAACAGUAGGCUAUUGAAACAUUCCUCAUUAACACAUGAAGGAAAUGAUUUGAAUGUAAUAUGUAUUAUACUGUUCAAGAAAGUAUUGUAAAUAAUAAAUCUGGUUAAAAACUAAACCUGUGAUGACCUGAUGCAAGCUUUCCUUUACCAAUCAUGUAUAGGUGUAAUUAAAAAAUUAUAAUAAUUGUAAUUUUUUACACUAUAGAACAAAUUUUUAAAACUGUAGGAAAAUGAAGUUAAAAAAGAAGGGAAACUGUCAACACAGUGAGACAAAAGAAGUUGCCAAAUGCUGCAAAUAGUCAUAAGGCUGAGUUAUUUUAACAUAAUGGAGAGUUGGAUGCUUUGUUUUGUUAAUGUUUAAAAAUUGCUAAUGAAGUAUGAAAUAGUAUUAUAUUUUAAAGUAUAUUUAAGUCUGGUCAUUUGCUUUGGUUUCGAAUGUGUUUCUUACAGCAAGCUUUGUUUCUCAAAAUCUGGAUACCAAACCUAAUAAAAGCAUUUAAUUGUAUUAUCCUGUUAAAUAUUGAAAAAGCAUUUAUUCUUAAACAUAAACAAAAUAAAACAUUUUACCCUAUUUAUAUUGGCAACAAUAUAGCCCAUACCAGUGCACAAGUGAUUGAAUAUCAGAUACAUUCUUAUAUUAUUGUCUUUUGUCAAUAACACACUCAUCACAUAUCAAUUAUUUCAUAUUUUUCCUUGUCUGUUUUUUUUAAAAUUGUAAAUUCUUUAUUGAUACAACAUAUUAAAUUGUACAAAAAACAAAUAAAAAC